GGCGCAGUACAAGUACGAGUGGCGUCAGGGAAGUCGCUUCAGGCCGGCGCUCCUCCUCUGCCUCCACGCGGUGCCACAUCCUUCAAAGAGCUCCCACUGUCGCAGGAUCCCGUUCGGUGUUGGCGGCAAACAACAUGGCAGACGCUUCCGUCCAGCCUAGAAGAAGAAGCGGUGGGAUCGUGAUUAACGAUGACUGGCCGGGUUAUAGUUUGGACCUGUUCAACUAUCCAGCUCACUACUCCGGAGAUUUAGAGUGUGUCAUCGUGCCACAUGGCGUCAUUAUGGACAGGACCGAACGCCUCGCGCGAAACAUCAUGGACGACUUGGGCGACCAUGACAUCGUGGUGCUGUGCGUGCUGAAGGGAGGCUACCAGUUCUGUGCCGACCUGGUCGACAGGAUCAAGGCCCUCAGCCACAACUCCAGCCGCUCGCUGCCCAUGAGGGUCCACUUCAUCCGCCUCAAGAGCUACCGGAACGACCAGUCAACAGAGGAUCUUCACAUACUCGGAGCUGAAGAUUUGUCUUUUUUAGCUGACAAGAACGUUCUGAUUGUGGAGGCCAUUGUGGGCACCGGGAAGACUAUGAAAACACUCCUGAAGCAUGUGGAAGCCUUCAGGCCCAAAAUGAUCAAAGUCGCUGGACUGUUGGUGAAGAGAGUGGCACAGAACUCUGCGUGUCUCCCUGACUACGUUGGCUUUGAGAUACCCAACCAUUUUGUGGUUGGAUAUGCCUUAGAUUACAACGAGUAUUUCAGAGACCUCAACCAUAUCUGUGUGAUCAGCGAAAGUGGGAAGAUGAAAUACAAGGUUUAAAACAAUCUGCAGAGAAUUUCGACCCUUGUCCUGGAGAUGGUAUUCAGAUGCAGCUGCUAUUGUGACAAUGUUGUGUCAUAACAUUCCUACUAUGAAGUGUUUAUAUACUUUUUACAAUAGAAACUGAAAUUGAACUGAUUUUAAAGUGGAAACUUGAUGUUUACAAAGCUCAUUUCCAGAGAAAAUGUUUAUUGCUGGUGAACUGCUACUGUACCACCACACCUCUUUCCUUGUAUGCAGUGGGAAUACCUUGAUAGUCAUGAUCCUUCUUAAUAUGUUUUAAUUUUGUUUAGUUACAUGGUUAAUUUAGAAAUUAACGCCACUCAGUUACAUUUCUUUUCCAACAUUUUACUCAAAUGACACCCUCAUCUGUUGUUCUUAAUGCUCAACUGUAAGAAAAGUUGUUUUGUGUAGACUCAAUGUAUUUUCUAAUGCAGUACUGUAGUUUUUAUUUAAGGUACAGUAAAAUAUUUUAACAUUUCUUUA